UUUUAAAGCAAUACUUUCAUUGGACAUCGCUCAUCGCUCAUCGCUAAUCGCGUGCAACGUGAAUUUAGCAUUAGAAUGCACUCGAGUGGAGAAUCUGAAUGCACCUUAUGCGGAUAGAAAUUUUGCACGUGUCCAAGUGCACGCGGGAUUCAAGAGGCUGUUAGAAGUUGUUAAAAUUUAAUUUUGAAGAUUUUAGCUUAUGAAUUAACGAUGGCAACCUCGUUAUUAGAUCAACUUCUCGGAUUGAAAGCUCCGCAGACAGAUUUACUCGUGCAAGACAAGAAACGUCCCAGUUUGUUAUUUGAUCCAAUAGAAGCUGCAAAUUUAGACCGGCACAUUGUAUUAAGUAUAGGUCAAAAUGGUCUGGAAAAUCUAGUGAGACUCUCCUCAGUUUUUGUUGAUUUUAAAGAGACAUUGUUUUCUGAGAAUUCCUUGGGUUUUGAGCGUGUUAUUCAAGAUACUGCGAUAAACAAGAAAGUGGAUGCAGAUAUUGCAAAGUUUUUGAUACUAUUGUCUCCAUAUUUUCUAGUAAAUGCUUCACAUAAAGCACUAGAAUGGCUGAUAUACAGAUAUCGCAUACAUCAACAUAACCGAGAUCAGUUUAUAUUAUUAAUUUUGCCAUACCAUGAGUCUCGUAUAUUUGCUAGAGCACUACAGUUGUUGGAUCUAUCAGAUAAAGAAGACAAAUGGCAUUGGCUGAGGUCUUUGCAGAAACGUGGUCAAUCACGGAUCUCAGAAAUACUUGUCAAUCGUUUUAGCAAAGACAAUGUAUUCAUGAAGAUGCUGUGUACCCAUGUAAUAUCUGCCAUAGAGACCUACUCUGACCAGGCAUCUCAUCUGACCACUCUGUACAGCUUUUAUAUCACAUUGAUAUCAAGUGUAAUAGAUCAGGUGAUCACCAUCACCGAUGUUCAAAUGAACCACAUAGUACCUGUUCUUUUCUAUGGUCUAAGAAGUCCUAUUUACGAUUUCGCCUCCAGCAGCUAUAUGAUCAUUGUGCAAUUGACGACGAAGGUAAAACUCGACGACGAAAGAGUGAAAAAAAUAUUGCUGAAAGUUUUCAAGAACCCUCUCUUGAAACAGGAAGCUGUCAUUUUUCUAUUGCAUUUGUAUCAGAAUCCGACUAAUAGAAUGACAGUUAUUCCCCGAAGUGUCGUACUCAGACUGUCCAAUUUGUCUUGGUUCAUCGAGACUCUCUCCAAAAUUCACUCAACACACAUAAAUGUGUCGCGAUUUGCCGUGCCUUUUCUUCAAGCAGCUUGUCAAGCGAUUGUCAGAGAUUCAGAUGAUACUAUCAGCGUCCAAAAUAUGACGGAUGACUUUCUAACGCGCGUGAAACUCGACGAUGACGCGGUAGAUACAAUCUUGUCUAAUGUGCUGAAAUGCGAGUUCUUCAAAAGCGAAAUGCCCAAAAGCGCAAAGGACUUUAUAGCACGUUUCUACCAGAACUUCGAACGUAGUUAUCCGGAAAGGUUUGACAAAUAUCUAAAAGAUCUUAUGAAGAAAGGCGAGAACGACAAGAACUCCAAGGAGGCAUCAAAUUUCCUCACAUCUUGGCCUUUUGUCACUAAAGAGACGCAAGAUUCAGUUGUGAUUCUGGAUAAAUUGACUCACGUUAGCUCAGCACAGCGAAUACGUGGUUUGGAAAUUCUCGCUAAGAACGACGUGAGCAUUCCUAAGAGCUUCCGCAGUAUGAUGAUGAGAACACUUCAAGCGCGAUUCUACGACGCCGACGUAAACGUCGUGAAAAGCUUGUUGUCUUUAUCAACCAAGAAAUUGACCAGUCUACUACCUAUCGACACUUUGGUGGAUGAUUUAGUGGCUCUACUGUCGACAUGUCACACUGUAUUAAAAAAGGACUUAGCAAAGCCGGCCUUGAAGAUACUUCUGGAACUUUGUGAAGAUGGUGACGACACUAGGGUCUUCAUUACAGCCUUGCCGUAUUUAUUUCCAGCUACAAAAGAAGACGUGGUAAUCGCUUUAGAGGUGCUGGAGUCAAACUUUGCAAAGAAUAAUACUUACAUGCAGUAUAUGAUGAAGGAUCUCGAGAAGACUUCAUUGACUGCGGAGACGAUCUCUUCCACUGCUUUCCACAAUAUUCUCAACUACGAAUUGUUACCGGCUACGAAUAGCAUAUUGAAUACAAUGCGCCAGCAAAUUUGUCAUGGCGAUGCAGCUUCCUUAUUCUUCAACAUGAUUUUAUUAGGGUCGGUUUGUCGGGUACCCGUAGGCUCCAUGCCGGCAAAUAUGGCACGUGAUGUAAUCGAAAUGGCAACAGAGAUGAUCAAGAAAUAUCCGCGCAUUAAGCUGUUGCACGACUGCAAUAUCAUCACCGGCGACAACAUCCAGACAGCAUUAAAACUUACGUCUGAAGGCACUUUGCCACUACAAGUAGGCACUUACGUGCUGGAAAUGGUGCACAGACGACUCAAUCUCAAAUCUGAGCCUAAACUCGAUUUCGUUAAUAACGCAGAACAGAGUAACCUAAUCGUUAGGUUGCUAGAGAUGUUUUUUGAAGGUAUGAGCAACAAACAAUGGAAGAAACAUUACCUCCGAUGCCUGCAAAUCUUUUUCCAAAGACAUUUCGACACGAUAAAGAAUCUCAUCAACUUCUUGUCGCAGUUGUACGUAAGACCAAUCCAUGUCCAGACUUCUCAUCAUUGCUUGCAGAUCACGUUGCAACUGUUGGACCGCUGUUCCAUUCAGUGGGUGUUUCAAGACCAACACUUCAUAACCAACCUGUUGCUAUCUCUCACGAGACAUAGUAGCGUUUGCAGAUCGGCGGCGGUAGACAUCCUGAAGAAACUCACUCAAACCUUCAGUCUUGCGACGGAGCCGUUUUCCGCGCUGCUGCAAGAAGUGGCAGCUCGAAGUGCAGAAAUCAUUCAGGAUUCGGAUCAGCUGUCGAUUAUACUCUAUUACAUUCUUUCGCCGGAUCCUGAUGUGUAUUGCCUGAUGAAACAACGGAAGAAGUUGCAACAGGCGCGAAGAAUGCUAUUCAGCGUGAUAUUGCAGGAAGACGUGCCGAUAGACCGUAGAUCCGAGCUGUUAGACGUGCUGACACACGUCAACGGCACAGAGAUCCUCCAGCAACUGGCACCGUUAGGUCUGCGGCUUCUGGACAAACUGACGCACGAAUCGACCAGGAACCAGCAAUGCCAACCGACCGGCAAUGCUCUGAGAAAUAUCCUGCAACGUUUCAACGAUUCCACGGUUGAGACAUUGAACGAUAGUCAAGUGUGGUCGUUCUUUGAGAAGAGUAUCUUACAACACGCUUUUUAUGCAGUCACCGAGUCUGGUCAGCAAACUUCCCCCAGCAUUGUGUUGUUGAAGCAAAUCAACAAAUUGUUUUUUGAGCGUGCCGGCAAAAUCUCGCAAGACUUGCAAGUGAAGAUUUUUUCCAAGAUACUGGACGUGUUGACCGACUGCGAAGUGAGUAGCGUCAUCUCGAACGCAACUCGGGCGAUCCGCAAGAUCAGUAUCGAUGCAAAGCUCGUCGUGUCCGAACUGCAGGCAAUGAAACUUAACAGACCUGAGGAGCAAUUGGAGACAACAGAAAGUGCGAAGAAGAAGUUGAAGAGACACAGUCAAAUUAGGAGUCGCCUGUGGCCGACUCCUAAGAUAGUGUACAGCAGAGCAUGGAAACGCGGCGAGACCUUGCUGCAAAUUGUGCAGCAUGCUAAAAACAUCGAGCACGAGGAGACACUCUACGAAGUGCUAUUUGACCUGGUGAACGUCUGCGUAAGCUUGGAGGAGCUAAGUCCGGUGGAAUAUACAAAUCAGUUGAUCCUGCAGACAAUCUAUCGGCUGAUGACGCAGAAUUUACCGUUGCACAACGCCCAUCUGCAUAUUUCCCUUAUCACCAAGUGUAUAAGAACAUCACGAAAUCCACAAACACAUCACCACGCAUUGCUAGUGCUCAUUGAGUUGCUGAAGAAAGUCGAUGUGAAUCGAGCGCUCAUCAACAUUAUGCCCAUUUUCACUUUCAUGGGCAGCACGGUGGUUCGCCAGGAUGACUCUUAUUCCAUCCAGAUCACUUCCAAGGUUUUGGAGACGGUGGUGCCGGUUGUUAACGCCGCUAACAACGAGAUCCACGCCUGCAUGAUGCUGCGAAUUUUCGUAGCCUCCUUGCCAGAUAUACCCGAACACAGAAGGAUGCACUUAUUUGUCCAACUGCUUCAACUUCUUGACAAUUAUCUGCAUUUGUAUUAUCUGCUUACUUUCGAAAGCCAUGCAAUAAAAUUGAACGCGAAGCUCGCAAAUGACAAACGUUCCAUGCAGCGUUUGGAGUUUGCUCUUCAAAUAUGUCAGGAGCUCUCAUUGGGACAGCUGCUUCAGAUUUGUGUAAAGGUAAUCAAAUUUGUCAAAAUUUUACCGAUGGACGUUGAAGAAGAGCAGGAAAAACGGAUGACGAGGAAUUUUCCGUACAAACAUGUUUAUGACGUAAGCACGACUGCCCCAAAGGCUCUACGACACUACAAACUAACGGCAGUGCAGUUCCUCAGCAAUCUCUUGUCUUCCGAUAACUUCAUCAAUCGCGUAGCUGAGCUCAACGUGGAUGAAGCGAAUGAGAUGAACGAGUACUGCGAUUGUUUAGGAGCCGAAUUGAUCACGUUGAUUCAGAUCAUUUCGAAGGUCGCCGAUCAGCAACAAAAUAAACCGAGCGCAAAAUAUUGGAAGGUGUUAUUACAUCAUCUGUACGACUUGCUGGAUCUUGUGAACAAUCUAUUGCCGAAUACGAUGUUCCUGAAGAAUGUCCAGCGCUUGCAGACUCACGAGAUGUUGAGCGUAAAAAAGAAGAUCCUGGAGAUGCUGAACACAAGACUGCUUCAGAAGAAGUUCGGUGAAGAGGAUCACGAGAAUCUUCUAAAUUUAAUUGAAUAUCUCGUGAACUUUAUCAACGUUGAGGAGAAAGUCAAGAGCCAAGAGCACGAAAUUGUUCAGCAGACAGCGUUGAACUCUUUGAAACUGCUGGGGAAGUUAUUGGCCACUGAUUAUCCCAACGUUUUUAUGCCGAUUCUACACAUUACGACAGAACUGUUGCAAUCGAGGGAUGGUCCGGUAUUGGCUAGUGCGGCGUUAUGCGUCGCGGAACUAGUCUGCAGUAUGAAAACACAUGCUCUAGAUUUAUUGAAUACAUUUGUGCCAGUAAUUUUGAAGCUGCUGAAGACGCAUUGUUGUCAGAACGUGCCGGACGUGAUUGUUAUUAGCAUCGUGAGUGCUUUGCAAAAAAUAGUGGAGUUUCUGGGAAAUUUCCUCUCGCCCUACUUAAACAACCUUCUAUUCGAGCUGACUAGAUUGAAUACAUUAUACAUCGACAAGGAACAUCCCAAGACCGGUAUCGUAGUUUCACGACUGAAAACGAUCACACAGAAAUUACCCAGCUGCAUACCUCCGCGAGUAUUGCUGCCGGCUGUCAGCAUUACAUACCAGAAAUUAUUGAGCAAAAGGUUCUACAAACGUAUACCAUCGUUGAUGGACGUGCUAGCCGAUUCUUUCGAGAACGUUUCGUCGGUAGACUUAAAUGGAGAGAUUCCAAAUCUCAGUGAGUUCUUUCUCAAAGUCUUGCAAUUCCGUGAGGAUGUCGAGGAUUCCAAGGAUGAUCAAAUGGUCGAUAAAGAAGAUGUUUCAAAGGACAUCGUCACGAUUGAGGAGAGCGCUGGAAAAGCUUUGGUCGCUCUGGUCUUGAAGUUGAGCGAAGCGACCUUCAAGCCGUUAUACUCAGACUUUUAUAAGUGGGCAGAGAAAAGUGCAAAGCACAAGCAACGAAACAUAACAUUCUACAGGUUAUCAGCGAAUAUAGCAGAAUGUUUAAAAUCUUUGUUCGCUCUAUUCGCUGAUCUCUUCCUUAAACAUGCGGCAUUAUUGUUGAAAAACAAUAACACGUUCGUCAGCGAUACUCCUCACGAAUUGACGCUUUCUGAAGAAUCGAACAGAAUCGAGCUGGUAGAGGCGAUUCUGUUGACCUUUCACCGUGUAUUCAUUUACGACGCUCACAAUUUCGUCAGUCAAGAACGGUACGAGAUCCUCGCGCAGCCAAUAAUAGACCAGGUGGAAAACACAAUGGGCACGAAGGAAGAGUACGAGAAUCGAGCUAGUCAAUUGAUUGUACCUUGUAUAGCUUCCUUCGCCAGCGCCAUUCCCGACGACACGUUGCACAAGCAGCUGGUUUACCAGAUGUUGCUAAAGACUAAGCACGCGAAGCCUUACGUUAGGAGCACCGCCUUGAACGCUUUGGUGGAAAUUGCGAGAAAACUUGGGGAAGACUUUAUGCCUUUAUUGCCGGAAACGGUGCCUUUCCUAGCAGAGAUAUUAGAAGAUGAAGACGAAGCUACGGAGAAGUGUGCCCAGAAUGCUGUUCGCACUCUGGAGGAAAUUUUAGGGGAACCUUUACAGAAAUACUUUUAAACAUUUAUCCCUAAAUAUUAGUUUGAUUGUCAUAGUAAUUGUAAAUAAUUACUUUUACCAUAACCUUAACGUACCUGAACGUAUUAAAACGACUCUUGUAAAUAGAAUUACUUUUCUAAGAUUAUUAUCUGUAGUUCUAAGAUGAACGUUUUAUGUUCAUAAAUAUUAAAAUAUUGUUAUACGUGUACAGUAUUUUGAUCAUUCUAUUGCACACUAUUCCCAGCUCGAAAAUAAUUCGGCGGGUAAAGAAUUAUUGUAAUGAAACAAAGAAAGAAUAUAUAUGGAUAUAUAUGGAUUAAUAUAAAAGAAAUAAUGGAUUAGUAA